GUUCAGAACACGUGGAAUUCAUGCAGUGGAGAAUGCUUAGAGGAAGCGGAACGUUGUUAUUGUUACAGUAACCACGUUCCGGUGUCAGAAACAGGAAGAGUGUUUUCCUUGGAAACAUGCCGGUCGUCCCGCUGCUGGUCAAUGUGGCUGGCUCGGUCCUGGGUGGCAUUGCCACCGCCACCCUUAUCCCCACAUUUAAAGAGCACUUUAUUGCUGCCAAACUGUAUGGAACAGACAUGAACAAGAAAAGCAGAGAACCUAUCCCCGAGUCCCAGGGAGUUAUCAGCGGAGUCGUCUUCCUACUUGUCAUGUUCUGCUUCAUUCCUGUCCCAUUCCUCAGCUGCUUUGUUGAGGACCAGUGCAAAGAAUUUCCACACCACGAGUUUGUAGCUCUAAUCGGUUCCCUCCUGGCUAUCUGCUGCAUGAUCUUCCUUGGUUUUGCAGAUGAUGUAUUGAAUCUACGUUGGCGCCAUAAGUUACUGUUGCCUACGGCUGCCUCGCUGCCACUGCUCAUGGUCUACUUCACCACCUUUGGCAAUACUACCAUUGUGGUACCCAAACCUCUACGGCCUCUCCUUGGAAUUCAUGUAGACUUGGGUCUCCUGUAUUAUGUUUAUAUGGGAAUGCUGGCUGUUUUCUGCACUAAUGCAAUAAACAUCCUGGCUGGGAUCAAUGGGUUGGAGGCUGGACAGUCCUUGAUAAUUGCUGGUUCUAUCAUAAUCUUUAAUAUUGUUGAACUUAAUGGAGAUUGCCGAGAUGAUCACCUCUUCUCUCUCUACUUCCUUAUUCCAUUCUUUUUCACCACUCUGGGACUACUGUAUCAUAACUGGUACCCAUCCCGUGUCUUUGUUGGUGACACUUUCUGUUAUUUUGCUGGAAUGACCUUUGCGGUAGUCGGCAUUGUUGGCCACUUCAGCAAAACCAUGCUGCUUUUCUUCAUCCCGCAAGUGUUGAACUUCCUGUAUUCUCUCCCUCAACUCUUUCACAUUAUCCCGUGUCCUCGUCAUCGCUUACCAAGAUUGGAUCCUAGUACUGGGAAACUAGGCAUGAGCUACUCAAAGUUUAAAGCAAAGGAUCUGUCUGGAAUUGGAUCUCUGGCAAUAAAAGUUACGGAAACCCUGGGUGUGGUGGAUGUCAGACGGGAACAGGGUGAAGAUGGAGAAUUUAUGGAAAUAAAUAACAUGACCCUUAUAAAUUUUGUGUUAAAAUUUAUUGGACCAACCCACGAGAGAAACUUAACAGUGCUGCUCCUGUUUAUCCAGGUCCUUGGUAGCAGUUGUGCCUUCCUGAUCCGCUAUCAGCUUGUCCGUCUCUUCUAUGAUGUUUGACAUCACUGUAAACCAGUGUGCAUGGACACUUGGUUAUUGCUGCUAAUGACAUUACAAGGGGAGACUUAACCUCUACUUUUUCUCAUACACAAGCUGGCCUUGCACACCUACGUUAGCUCUUAUAUGCACUGCUGUCUGGUGCUGGUCGAUAUUCCGUAAUGAAAGGCCUUUAAAUGUAUUGUCAGAAAACAAACCAAAUGUGUAUAUAUAUACUUAGGGAAUUACAAAUGAAGUACUUACAUAUGCAAAAUAUUAGAAAUGUUGUUUUGCCAUUUAAAAAGCUCUUAUUUGGAGUAUCAUAAUUCAACGGUUGUACACUUACUGAUUGAAGAGAAUUGGUUAGUUUAAUUUUAGAAUACUGUUGUGAUUGGAGUUAAAUGUUGUAAGGUUAGAACAAGAAAUUGUAUUUCCUUUUCAUUGUAACAUGCUGUCACUUUAAUGUGCGACCUUUAGACUAAUAUCUUAUAUAAGCAGGGUCCUCGAAACUCCUGUUUGGACAUAAUUCACUUGAAGCACAGUGAUUUUUAGCUCAAAGAACAAUUAAUGGAGAAGGAAUGUACAGUCGACAUAGUGAAGCUUAAUAAAAAAAGCUUUUAGGCCAGAGGUGCCCAAAAGGUAAAUCCCAGGAUGUUGUAGAACUACAACUUCCACAGUGCUUUGCAUGCCUUUAAAAUGCUAUAGAAUGACAAAGAAUCAUGGAAGUUGUAGUUUUUUGAGCACCCCUGUUCUAAUCUAUACCAGGUUGGAAAAGCAUUCUGGAUAAUGAAGUUUCCCAACAGUUUUAGAUGUAUCUAUUAAUUACCUUUUAUUUAUAGCUCACCUAGUGCUGAACUGCCGCCAUUAAACAUUAACAGUAUUAAUGUUCUUAUUCUUAUGUUACUUUGCGUGGAGCAGUUUAUGGCAUUUUAUUUAUCAAGGACCUGGUAUGUUAAACUCCAAAACACCCUUAUCACAAUAAAAGCUUAAUUAAAGGUACAAAACAAUUUAAUGUAAAAACAAAGCAAAAUUAAUGAAUUUGGUGUGACUAUAUAUUGUUUAGUAAUCUAUUAUAACUAAUGGCAAUCACAAUGGAAUCUGCAGAGAAUGAAAUGUAGAAUGUUGAUUAUUUAUUUUGACUUGAGAUUUCUAAACUACAAUUUUAAUUUUGUAAAUAAGACAAACAGGUCCUGUCUGUGAACAAGUAAAAGUGUGUCGUGGAUUAUGUUUGGAAUACAUACAUCACUUUUAAAAUGUAUCAUGUACACCAUUCUUGACAGAUUUUUAUUAAAGAAUUUUUUUUUCUUUACACUGUAGUUUCCGGAAUAUGUUGGUGCCCCAUCUCAGAUCUUUACUUUUUAAUAAAUGACAUGUCAUUUA